AUGGACGGUCACCCGACAACCUCCAAUCUCUACGAUGAUGUGCUCCCAGGCACAAAACGAAUAUUCACGGAUGAAAACGCAAGUAGCUCCGAUGAGUCCCUACUCGAAAAGGAUGGCGACGUCAUCCUCGUCCCGCGCCCGACCAACUCCCCCAACGAUCCCCUGAGAUGGAGCCGCCCUCGCAAGGUCCUCCACUCCGUCAUCGUCUGCUACAUCGUCGCCCUGACCGCCGCCACCUCCAACAUCGCCGGUGUCGCCUCCACCGGCGUCGAGGAGGAGUAUGGGAUCAGCUACGACUACUUCAAUACCGGCGCAGGUGUCCUGUUCCUCGCCAUUGGCUACUGGACCCUGCUGAGCUCCCCCCUCGUCCAUCUCUACGGUCGUCGAAUCGGAUACAUUCUGAGCGCGCUGCUCGGCUUCGGCGGGAACCUCUGGUUUGGAUACCUGAGCAGUACCAAUGAUACCAUCUGGUCGCAGCUCUUUGUCGGCGCCUCCGAGUCCGUCGCUGAGUCUGUUGUCCAGCUGUCCCUGCUCGACAUCUGGUUCGAGCACCAGAACGGCACCUCGCUUGGAUUUUAUACUCUGGCUACGUCCGUGGGCACGUACCUAGGCCCCCUGAUCGCCGGCUACAUUGCCCACGAUGAGAAUGUCGGCUGGCGCUGGAUCGGAUACUUUGGUGCCAUAUUCUCGGCCGGUACACUUGUUCUGACUUAUUUCUGCUUGGAGGAGACCGCAUUCGAUCGCAAUCGAUACCUGAGGGCUGAGGAGCAGCGUGCCAGCAACAACACGAUCGGUUUGACCGCUCCCGAGACCAACGCCGAACCGAACGAGAAGACGACCGAGACGAAGCAGGCCGCCCCUGUCGACGGUGCCGUUUCUCCUGUUGCUACGAACACCGAGGGUGAAAAGACUGUUAGCGAGAAGCCCCCUGUGGGCGUCAGCGCGACGGACGUGGAGCGCGAUAGCGAUGGUCUGUCUGUUGGAUACACCCAGCGCAAGACGUACUGGCAGCGCAUCAGGCUGAUCACACCAGCCCGCAACUUGCGCGGGACCGGCUUCAUGCAAUACCUGCACCGGCUCUGGCACACCCUGCGCGUCUUCACCUUCCCCGCCGUCUGGUACGCCGGUCUGCAGUGGGGUAUGCAGAACAUUGCCCUGUCCUUCUACCUCACCGUGGAGGAGGACACAUGGACCGACGAGCCGUGGUUCUACGACGACGCCGCCGUGGCCAACAUGAACCUCGCUUGCAUCAUCGGCAGCGUCAUUGGCUGUUUCUACGGUGGAUACUGCAGCGACAAGUUCAUGCUCUGGAGGAGCCGCCGCAACAGGGGCAUCAUGGAGGCCGAGUUCCGGCUGCACCUCAUGACGCUCUGCAUGGCCAUCUUCCCGACUGGCAUGUGGCUCUUCGGCAUCGGCUCCGCCAAGGGAUGGAGCUGGCCGGUGCCGUACGUGGGUCUGGGCUUCAUUGGCUUCGGGUACGGAUGCGCGGGAGACUUGAGCAUCACGUACCUGGCUGACUGCUACCCAGACAUGGUUCUCGAGGGCAUGGUGGGCGUCGCGGUUAUUAACAACACGCUCGCCAUGAUCUUCACCUUUGUUGCCAGCUACUGGCUAGAUACCGGUAUCCAGGAGUGUUUUAUCGCUCUUGGUGUGCUGAGCUUUGUCAUUCUUGGUCUCUCGCUUCCGAUGAUGUGGUGGGGGAAGCGCUUCAGGUCCUGGACCAAGACCAGGUACCUCAACUAUCUCCAGAUCCGUGAUGGCCUGGAUGAUUAA